GGCGGCGGCGAGCAGUCGUCAGUCGGUCACGGCGUCCCGGUGAGCGACGUUAGUUUGUCAGUGUGUGUGUAUCACAGUCUGUGUGCGCGCGUGUCUGUGUGUCARCGUUUAGUGGUGUGUGCGAGCGAGCGAUCGUUUCACCCGGCGGGGCAUAGUGUGUGCCGAGUCUUAGCGUCGUACGGAAACUCGCCGCGCGACCGGAACGGGAAUAAAAGAGAUAAGAAUAAGGAAACCCGUCGGCGGCACCGCACUACCACAACUGUCAUCUUCAAGUCACCAAGUUUUAUUUUUUUCACUUCUUCUAUUCCUUUUUUCUUCUUUUUCUUCAACCACCGCACAUUUGGACGACCGCGUGGAUCUCGAACACGCGCCCCGACGACCCUCAUCCUGCGAGGGUCGUUUUAUUAAAUUCCGAAUCGUAUAAUAUAUGUUGACGCGAUUCCAUUAUAUCGUACACGACGACCCUUAAAUACGUACUUAAAAAAAUCCCCCUUUUUGAAUCUCCGUCGUCUGCUUUAAUACAUCGUUACAGUUGCAAAUUGUUAUAGAUUUCGCUGUACGAUUGCCGCAGUGUUGCUGGCGGCAGGCAAGGCUAUAAAUAUCUCAAAAAGGCAGACAGAAAUAAACACUAAGAAAGAAAAAAAGAUAAAAUGAUCGUAAACUUUUCGGCGCUCGUUGAAUGGCGAAGAAGUUACUUCUUUGAAGUGCUCGGAAGUCUUAGAAAAGUCGCAGUGGCUAAACCACCACCGACUCUGACGGUAUCUUCCAUUCGGCAAUGCAUUUAAUCCAUUUCAAGAACAUUAGUCAUUAGUUAGCACGACUUGAUCAAUGAAGUCUUCGGACAGYGGCGGAGAAGGUGGUGAAGAAGAUUCUGGUGGUGGGGGUGGAAGUACCAAAACAGUCAAGUGGCGACGGCAAGCUUUAACUACUUCAGGUUCAACAAUUGUGGGCUGCAGAUUGAUGAUCGCAACAAUGUUCAUCUUCUUCUUGAUCACCGGCACGGCCGCCGUGUUAUCAAACUCCACGUUCAAAGGCGAACAGCAAAGUGACAUAAACGCACGCAUAGGACAGUCAGCGUUUUUACCCUGCGAACUGGAACCCAAUAAUGUGACCGCCGGAUUCGAGAUGACCACCCAGUGUGGAACAGUUCACUCUGUGAAAUGGUACCGAGGAGCAAGCAGAAUAUUCCUGUAUUCCGGUGGGCCUCGCACGACACAGCCGCACCGAGAAGGGUACACCGACCGAUAUGACAGAUCGUAUUGGAGUACGGAACCAAAUUCAACUUUGGGAUUCUUGGUAAUGGACAAUAUAACAGCACUCGAUGAAGGUGUAUAUAAAUGUGAGAUCACGUAUACAAAAGUACACGAAGGUUGCAACAUAGUUCAGUUUAUAAAUCUAACAACUUACACUGACCCUGAAUCAAUCAGUGUUGGCACAUAUGCUGAACUCGGUGAUCCUUCAGCGCACAAUUACAUAGAUCCUACAUCAGAUUUUUACGAUGACAAAAAUAGCGAUCCAAAAUUUGGUAUUAUGAAAAAGUUGACAUCUGGAGCAAUCGUGGGUCCAGUUGAUGAAGGAAAUAAAAUACGUCUGGUAUGUCGUGCAGGCCGUGCCAGACCUAUACCCCAAGUCACGUGGUGGCAACAUAGUCGUGGUCCAAUUUAUGAUACUGAUUUAGUUGAUUAUCAAUUUCGCAAAGUAGAUUCCGAUAUGUCUGACGACGUUUUCUCAUACUCGGGAUUAUGGGUUGCACAGAGUAUUCUUACCGUUAUCGGGAAGAGAGGUGCAAAUGGUAGAUAUGAAUGUCGAGUAAAAACGGCGACUGAUUCAUCACCAAUUCUAACAUCUAAUGUUGAAGUCACUGUAAACGUAAGUCCAUACUCAGUUGAAAUGUCCACAUCAUCAUCAGGCGCCCCAGUAACUAAGGUUUCUAAAGUCGACGAUCGUUAUAAGCCUCAAAAUAGCGAACCUGAUAGAAAUUCCGGUGGCGUGGUUUACGCAGAAACUACAGAAGGCCAACCGUUAGUAAUUCGGUGCGCGGCCCGUGGAGCCCGUCCUCAAGCAAACGUGACAUGGUAUUAUUAUUAUAAGGAUCAAGAAAAUGAUGGUGACAAUGAUUACGGAAGUGGGAUAAGAAAUGAACAAAAUGUUCGUGCACCUCCUGUCCAAUCGUCAAAGCACGGAGCACCCGUUAUGUUAGGAAACAGCCAGCAAAAUGGGGGGUCUACAGCUAGAUCUCCCAGUGAUUAUUUGAUUUCGGAACAACGACGUAUGGAAGGUGGAGCAGAAAUCAUAGGCCCUGUAGAAAUAGCACAGCAUACUGAAUAUCAAGCUGAUGGCACCCGAGAUACGCACAGCCAAUUAUCAAUGGCACAACUUCAUCGCCAACAAGACGGUUCUAUAGUGCGAUGUGAUGCAUUCAAUAAUGUUGGUUCAUCUCCCAAUCAACCCCUCACUGUAAACAUGACAAUUCGAGUAAAAUAUGUACCRACUGCCUGGGUAGUACCUAUUACUGACGGAGAAAAUUCUGGUGCGAUUAUAGAGGACGAAAUAAAAAAUGAAAUAGGUCAACAACGUAAAGGAGGAGUUGAUAGUAACAAUAAUUUCAACCCAGUUGUAACUGACGCUACGUCUAAAGAUACAAACGAUGGAUUGCACUAUCAAUCAACUUUAUACACUGUGGUGGUAAACGAGACUAAAGAAUUGAGGCUACAUUGUGCAUAUCACGCAAAUCCAGAUAAACUUCGAACACCUGUUAAAUGGUAUCGAGAUGGCAUUGAGUUACAACUAAUUGAUGAAGAAGAACCUUCUUCAUCAAAUCACGGAUCAUCAGCAUCAUCGUAUGCAGCAGUAACACCAGCUACUGGUGCUGGAACGGUUUCAGGAUCCUCAAACAGUGCGAAUACUAGGUUUCAGAUGAAUCCUAUGGGAAAUCAAGCAAAAUAUGCUCGAGUUAAAGGAUUAGUGAAUGGAAAUGGAGGAAUUCAUGGAGAUGGAAAUGGUGAAGAUGCGACAAUGUUAGUAGUUAGGAGGUUAACACGUUACGACUCGGGCCGUUAUGAAUGUCGGGUAAGAAAUUCAGUCGGGGCAGCCAAUUCCACAAAUUUUGCAAACGUUCGUGUUCAGUAUACACCUAAGGUAAAAUURCACGUUAUCCUAGACGAUUCACUYGACGAUAAUCAAACUUCGUCAACAACGAGCAGUAGUAUUAACAAUAAUAAUAUGGUUGGGUCAAAUCCAGUUGUAUUAGAAUCAGAACAUCGCAACGUUACACUUCGAUGUGCCGUAGAAUUAGAACAGGAUCAGCAAAAUAUUGAAGACAUCAACAACGACCCAUCAUUGAAUUUAACAUCAGUUCAUUGGUAUUGGAAUGGCGUACAAAUGCAGUUGCCCAACUGUACUAGGUCAUCGGAUAGUAGUGAUAUUUUUGGAGACGAAGAUGACGAAGAUGAUGAUUUCGAUACGGAUAAUAAUGAUAAUGAGAAUAAUGCCUUGGGUUUGAACUAUGAUACCAGCGAACCACGUGGAGAAGGAGAAUAUGACUCAUAUGCUGUUGAUAAUGACACAAGAAGACGCAAUAAAAAGCAAAGAAGAGUGGUGUGCACCGAUAGAGAACUUAUUUUAGUAAAUGUGACGAAAAAUAUACAUGGAAAUUAUUCAUGCCGAGCACGGAACGCUGCUGGUCUCCUUACUCCGAUGUCAGAUCAGACACCUCUUAUCGUAUAUUUUGCUCCGGGACCGGUGACAUUGGAGUUCAGCCCACGACGAGUCAUAAARGGAAGGAACGUCACCUUACGAUGCAAUGCUCAAUUUCUUGGUCGGCCUCAACAUCCUACUCGUUACUCAUGGUUUCGCGAUGGACAUCCAGUUUACCAUCAAAAUCAAGGACUAAAUCCUAAUAUAAAUUCUGGAACUGGAAUUAAUCUUGGCACCAAUGGAAAUAUUGGUGGAGGGAAUUUCAACCCCGAUUGGUUUGUCGAUCAUGUAUCGUUGGAAACUCGAGCUAAUUUUACCUGUUCUGCCUACAACGAAGGCGGGGUCACAUAUUCCGAGCCUGUAUAUAUUGAGGUUUUCGCUCCACCAAAUUACAUAACUGGACCUCCACAAUAUUUAGGAGUGGCUUAUAAUGCAUCGCAUGUAAAUGCAUCGUGUACAGUUGAAUGCUAUCCUCACUGUACCGUGAACUGGUUACGCCGUGGUGUCCUAAUCGAUCCAAUAAACAACCUAAUGGACAAGGAAAGAUAUUCAAUACUGACAGAAUAUUUACCAGCAGAACGGUUGAAAAAUGAUUUCGAAGCGGUACGUAGCACCUUGAUAUGGCGCAUGGAUAACUGGCCAGGUGGUCACGGUUUAGAUCCUAUAACAGAUUCAACAGAAUACAGUUGCCGGAGUAGUGGUAAUGAAGUUGGACCCCCAGUAUCAGAAUCCAUCAUGCAUUUCUCUGUUGAAUAUCCUCCUGGUAACAUGACUGUCUCCAAAACGGUCGUACACGUAAGUGAAGGUAACAUACCAGAAAAAGUGUUUUGUCAUGCUGAGGGACGCCCGCAGCCCAGUUUUGAAUGGCGUUACAUUGCCAGCACGAACAACUGGAAUGUGCCAGGAAACUCGUCUCAGUCCACCCAAUCGUCUUCCCAGCAAAGACUUUCAUCAAUCGCCAACGCUGGGAACAGUGGUGUCGGUGGAAACUCUGGAAGCGGCGUUAGCCAAAAUAACAACCAACAGUUGGUGUUAAACUCAGCUGUAGGCAGGCAUCAAGCUGGUUAUUAUGCCUGCGUAGCUCGUAACACACAUGGAAACGAAACUGCGUACACUUAUCUAGACGUCAUGUAUAAGCCUAGUUGUCAACUUAGAAUGAUAACCGUUGAACAAUUUAAACAAGAGUCAUCAGCUAGUUUAACUGAUCAAUCUUCCGAAUUAGAGGAAUUUUUAUCUUCAUCUUCUGGUGAAAAAAGAAUACUGGUUUGUACAGCUACUGCAAAUCCAGGGCAAGUACAAUACACGUGGACUAUAAGAAACUCAGGUCGCCAGAACGAUACGUCGACAUCUUCGACAUCUGACUCUCCUGCUACUGAGAGGAUCAUCACUGUAUCAGUUGGAUCAUACGGCAACAGUGGAUCGACUGAAGUGGACAAUAUCGGAAGUUAUAACCGGAGCAUACUAAUAUUACAAGAUAGACUGGAAGUAAGCACCAACGAAGAUGAUGAGGGAAGAGGUAGUGAUAAUAUACCUAACAAUGGAGCAUCAGAAGGGGUCAGGACAUAUGUGUGUACUGUAAACAACACUGUGGGAUCGGACCAGUGUAGCAUUCAAGUACAAGCUGUCAGGGAAAGUGACGCUCCGUGGUGGAAACAGUUGUUGGCGGCCAUAGGUUUGGGUGGAUUGCCAGUGAUGGUGGUCUUAGUGGCUUUAGUUGUGAUUUUGCUACUCAUUGUCAUCGUCAUCAUUGUUAUCCUGUUGCUGUUCGUUUGUAAGAACCGUUACAUUAAACCAGGCAACGGAGUGUCGGGAGGACGUCAGAAAUAUGUUAAACAAAAAUACCCUUCAUUGACGGCGUAUAGGGUACCAGUCGUUUGGCGCCGGCACCGAGGCCGUGGCUUGCUAUUAAACAUAUCGAAAGUGCGACAAAAUCCCGAAGGCAGUGCCACGUCRUCGACUUCCGGUGCUAACCCCGUGAAUGCACAGCAGUAUACAGAUCAAUCGGCGGUGAAUAUUCCGGGCARCCCUAAGCCCCCGCCCGGAUACGGUGACGAUCACUCGGAAUCGUUUUCCAGCCAGCGGACCGCAUCUGCCGCAAGCGUCAUCGGCAAGUGGCCGCUCAAGCCGGGCGUGUUGGUGCAUUCGAAACAGCAGCUGCACAAGUUGCAUUCGGCUACGUACUCCCAAUCGGCGGUGACUGACACUGCGGAUAGCGGAAGCGGGUCCGCUGACAAAACCGUUUCAGACGAAAGCGAUAAACACAAGUUGAAAAAAAACCACACCGGAAAAGGAAAACCGGUGGCCGAGUGCAUUAUGUUGGCCAACGAGACGCAGUCAGCGCGCGCGGCUCGUAUCCGCCGCAUGAUGAUUGGAUCCAAUAAUAAUUUGGUACCGAAAAAACCAUCACCCACGUCGCCUCCUCCCGCGCCUCCUGUCCGACAGAGUUCGGAUAGCGGCGCGUCCAGAUAUCCUUCUGUAACAGAUUCACGAGGCGGAGCCGGUCAGCAGCAGGACAACGAAUCCAAUUUGGGGGCUACGGGUGACUCGAAAGCCGCGUUCUACGAAAACUUACCGUUUCACGGAAUGCGACCGCCACCCAAUCAGUCACCCACGCGUCAACCACGUGUAAACAACGGUAACAGCAGUAAAACGGUCGACCGCUCUAACCACAAGCCACCUCUUCCGUUACCACCUGAAGAUACAUCGCCACCGCCGGCGCCGUCGUCUUCGUUGAUCCACCGAUCGCCAAAUGGCGGAUACGUGUCGCUGCUGCGCCAGGCCGCCGUCCCAAAAUUGGGCGACGUGGUCGGUCGUCCGGCGGCCGCCGUACGGUUCAACUCGUUGCARAGACCGAACCGCGGCGCGGCGACCGCGUGGCAGCGGCGCGAUCAGCAGUUCCGGUCGAUGAGAACCGUAGGCACCGGAAGCACCGACAAACCGGUCGCCGGGUUACCGAUCAGACAGCCGACCGUCGGCGGUGACCGCAAAGRCAACAACAACAACAACAAAGGCGGCGKUGUGGACGACGACGAGACGAAGACGUCGGGCCGGCGGAAAGACGCGUUUUCCGCGGCGACGUUCCCCAAACCAGCUCCCAGGACGCGCGUGCCGUCUGCCUCGGUGGCGCCGCCGUCGUUGGCGCGGCGUGGCACCUACGAGAACCUGCAGCAGCUGUUGAACGGUGACGGUAACGUGGUYGACAGCAAUAAGCUGACAGGAGUCGGGAUAGGAGCUCGGAGUUUGGAUGAGUUUUACCGUAUGCAAAUACAGCAACAACACCAACUGUUGUACAACCGGGUAACUGCGGACGACGCGGCUGAAGCAUCUAUCACGGCUGGGUACUCCACUGUCGGCGGCGGUGUUGUUCACCACCGUCAGCAACAACAACAACAGUCCAUCGAAAUGACCCAGUUCGAGGUGACCGGCGCCGGUCGGGAAGACGCGUACCAAAAGUCUUUGAAACACCAACAUAAGAACGCGGUCGGCCGGUACAACGACGACAACGACAUCGACCGAGGUGACGCCGACAAGAUCAAAUCGACAAAUACCGGCGGGACCAUGGGAAGACGUCGCCGUGGGAGCCAGCAAGUAUUGGACGGCGGCGGUGGAGGUUCGUUGUCCGACCACUACUACAGCAGUGGCAUCGGCGGCAGCAGUCAACACCUGCAACAGUACCACCACCAUCACCAACAACAGCAACAACACGGCAACAGAAGACGAAGCAACGCCACAUCCAUCGGCGGCGACGGACCACCCGUACAGUCGACCAUCACCAGCAAUUACAACACCAUGGCCGCCAACAACAGUUACAACACUGUGUCGGGCGUCGGUUACUACGCCGCAGACGUGUACGCCAGCAUGGGCACGCGACAGCAACAGUCAAAACGACAAUCGCAGCAGCAGCAGCAGCAGCAGCAGCAACGGCCAUACUGCGGCGUCGGCACGGCGUCCGUCGGAAAUGUUUCCGACGAACAGUCGCUGAUGACCAAGCGGUCUUGGCGCCGACAGCAGAACCGCCGCCGCCGGGCUGGCGUUGGCGGAGGCGUGGUGGCCGUCGAGCCGGACGACGACGCGGAACAACCGCAGCCCGUGGACGCGUCUGACUACGCGGCGGACGCCGAAGCCGAUGACGACCCGCCAUCACCGACGCCGCCGCAACCGCUGACGGACAGGUAUCGAAACGUCACGGCGACCGCCGAGUUGGAUCACCAUCACCGACCUCGACAGAAAACAGACGUGCGCAACAACCCACCGGGCGGCGGACCGACCGCGGCCGCGACACAACAGCAAGCGAACGGCGGCGGUGGCGCCAACAAAAACGUGGUGAAGUUCCACGACGUUGGCCGCGAAAUCGACGUGUAGACGAUAACACCCCCCACCGAUGAUCGUUAUAGGAUAUGUCUUGUAAAAACGUAUCUCAUGUCAUGAUAUUAUUAUUUCAAUGACAUAUUAUUAUUAUUAUUAUAGUGAUAAUAUACAUUAAUAUCAUAUUAUUGUUAGGCGCGUUUUAUUUUAUAUUUUAUAUUAUUGUUAUGUUUUUCGUCGAUUCAAAACCGUAUCUGCGGUGCCUAUAUUAUAUUAUUAUUAGUACCUACCUGUGAGAGAUUGUUGUGCGAGCAGCAGCAGAGCUCGGCUCUCGUCCGGCCAACUCGUCACUGUCACCCACCCCGGCGGCGGAGCUGUCGUCGGUGCGGUGGUAAUACCCCGCGGUAGCAGUGCUGAGCAUAUCAUAUUUUAUUCACCCAUACACUCAUUUCACUAACAAAUUAAUAUUAUUAUUAUUUCACUAACUCCAGUCGUAAACGCUACACAAUAAUGCUCAUUAACCACCGUGUGCAGAUAUUUUGUACGAGAACCGUCGUCGCGCGCUCAAGCUCGUAAUAUAGGUACGUACGCUUUGGCCCCUCCUCCCUCCCCCCCCCUUCACCCGUUUGUUUGCGUCCGCUGAUACUAUUUUAACACAACCCGCUCGGUGCGACUCACUCGCCUCCCUUGUUGCCCACCACACUAACGCCCCAGUUAGGUAUAUAAGCCUUCAGUGCAAGUCCGUAUACAAUUAAUAUGUUAUGCUUAAAAUGAAAAUAUUGAAAAUAUUAUAUUAACGUUUGUCGUGUGUGGUAUUAUU